AUUUGGAAAGACAAUCGACAAUGGGAUUGUAUGAAUCAGAGGACCAAGCGCGGUCUCGCGACAAGGCUUACCGUGGCGGCAGGGCAUGGCGUCCGAAGGCCCUCGCCCUGGGGGUAGUCUUCUGCUUCUUUGUGACUGCGCAGUACGUGUCGACGUCAUUCUCCUCGCCGGUGACGUUGAACAAGUCGUCGGCGGCAGAAACGUUCACGUCCCUCGUCGUGGAAGUUGUGUACGAUGGUGAUCGUUCCACAUACCCCAAACGAGGGGACGCUGUCACCGUGAACUAUGUUGGAACGCUUGCCUCCACAGGUGCCAAAUUUGAUUCCAGCUUUGAUCGAACCGAUACAUUCCGAUUCAACCUGGGUGUGGGCGAGGUGAUCAAAGGAUGGGACGAAGGCGUGGCGAAGAUGUCGCUGAAUGAAACGGCGCGUCUGUACAUUCCAUCGCAACUGGGCUACGGCGCGUCCGGCGCGGGCGACGUGAUUCCACCCAAUGCCGACUUGAUCUUUGACGUCCACCUCAUUGCGAUCAACGGCGUGCAAAUGAGCCCCAAGGUGUCCAUUCAGGAAAUCACUCCAGGGGACGGCGAGACCUACCCGUCGGCCGGCGACAAAGUCACUGUGCAUUAUGUUGGGACGUUUGUAAGCGGAGACAAAUUCGAUUCGUCCCGAGAUCGUAACAACCCGUUCUCCUUCACGUUGGGGUCCAAGUCGGUGAUUCGCGGAUGGGAAGAAGGCAUUCCGCAACUCAGCAUUGGACAAGUGGCGCGGUUGAGUAUCCCGUACCAGCUAGCGUACGGAGAGCAAGGGCGUCAGGGGAUUCCGCCCAAGGCCGACCUCGUGUUUGAAGUCGAACUGUUGGCAAUUGAAAAGGCAAGCCAUGUGUAGGGAACAAGCUUCGUACCUUGCGUUACUUUUAGCCCUUGACUAGCCUAAUGAACAACAGUAUCCUUGACCAAG